AUGGCGCUUCGUGAAGAAAAAUGGAAUUUUAAAGAACAUUUGCCUUAUCAAGCGUUCUACUUGGCAUUCUAUACAGGCUAUAUGCCAGUUCUUCUAUUUUUACCACUCUAUCUGAAAUACAAUGGGCUGAGUACAACACAAGUUGGUUUGAUAGCUGGUUUGCGUCCACUACUACAGGCGAUUGGUACUCCAAUCGUGAUAAAAUUAGCAACAAAGUUUCACGCCAGGAAAUUAUUGUUUAUAGCUUCGUGUAUUUUAAUGAUUGGGAAAUUCUUCGUGAUAUUUAUAAUAUUACGGCCAAACCAAGAGAUAUGCAGGAUGAGACUUAGUGAUGGUCAGGUAGAAGAUAAAUAUAUCGGGCAUAGUUUGGCCAAACGUGCUGUAGUCAUGGACGAAUGGUUGCAAGUAUUGAACUACACACCAAACGAUCUUUCACUUGAGUAUUACGACAAGAAUAAAGUUACUAAACUACAGAACAAUAAUUCAACGGACAAAAAUGAUAGUUGGCCUACAGUUCAAUCAGAAACGAAACAGCCAUCUGGCAGCCAAGUCUCAAACGCAACGACAACGCACACCCCAGCUGCUCAGAAAAACCGUGUCAAAAUAACACAAUACCAAAUUGACCACGAACAAGAAGUAUAUCUUAUUUUUAUAGCAAUUAUAUUCCUAGCUCUGGCCACAGAUCAUUUUGAUGCUUGUAUAUUUACCCUGGUCGACAACGUAUAUAGACCGAACGUCGCAUGGGUGUGGGGAGAUAUUGCUUGGGGUGUGAUGACUCUCAUUAUUGGUGUUAUUGUAGACCAAAGUGCUCAUGCAAUAUGCGGCGAAUUCAUAGGAUCAUUCCAUAAUGUAUUCUAUUUCAAUGUUGCAUUUGUGAGUAUCGCGCUACUCAUCGGUUUAUGCCUUGAUUUCACGGUUGAUCCUCGUGGAGCGGACUUGACGAGCACGGUCCAUUCAAGCAAAUGGAAUUUUCAAUAUAACAUUUUCAUUUUGGCUUAUACAUUGAUGGGUUUCUGCAAUGGCUUUCUUUUCUCGUUCGUUUAUUGGUUCAUUGAUAUCCUUGGCGGGAAUGCGGUCAUCAUGGGAUUAUCGACAAGUACAGAAUGCCUAGUUGGUAUCCUGGUUUUCUUUCUAGUUAAUCCAAUAAUAGAGUACAUUGGUCAUAUGUCUGCAGUAUGUGUUUGUUUUGUUGGCUACAUUGGAUUGUUUCUCAGUUAUUAUGGUAUAACGGAUCCGUGGCUUGUGAUCGUUGUCAAAGUAUUUCAAGCCUUAAUUUCUGGAACCAUGAUGUUUACAUGUAAUUCAUUUCUGAAAGGAGCAGCACCUGCAGGCUCGAGCUAUCAGAUGCAAGGUAACUAUAAUAUAUUAUAUCGAUCAGUAGGGUUCAGUGUAGGCAUAGAUAUUCUGCAAUAAUUGGCUGCUUUUGAUUGUUUCUGAACUACCUGAAUAUAUAUUUUUGUACAUUGUUUCUUCCUAAAUUGACCAAGGAGUAUCGAUAACUAUAGCUCAAAAAUAUCUUGAUCAUUAACAAUCGUUUAUUCUAAAAUAAAAGUUCGAACAUGACUACACUGGCUUAAUUUUCUCACUUUUUCACAAUGACACAGCUGCAUGGGAAAAACUGCAUGGGCUCUAUCAUGCGCCUAUAAGCGGAACGUGAUUUUUUCCCUCGGUGUGGAUGAAGUUACAUAUAAUGGUUUGCUGCACACAUGCAAUUCUCAGUUUUGGUUUGCUGUAUAUUAAUAUCUGAUUUAAUGAAUAGCUCUUGCAUGUCUUGCAUGGCUUACAGCAGACAAUUCAACUAGGAUAAAAUUUAUCAACACAGCUGACAUAUAUUUGUAUUUGAAGACAAAACUUAUACAAAAGUCUGGUAAAAACUAAUAUUUUGUGUAAACAGAAAAGUUGAUGCAGUGCCGUAGCCACCGGGUUUGUGUGUGUGUGUGGGGGGGGGGGCAACACACUCCCCCCCCCCCCUGAUGAUUGCUCACGAGCUAUUCCAGGUAGAUUUCCAGUAGAUUUUCAGGUAAAUUCAGGUAAUUCUCAAGGCAUAAAAAAGUAAACUCUAUGCUCCGACCAACUAAAGACGUUGAGAGGCGUCAUGGCAGGGGGGACAUGGCCAAAUACCCUUUCUGACGAUCUGGAGACAACGAAUUUCCAAAAUUUUCUCAAUUUUUGUAGUCACAUUGAACUGUAAGUAAUAAUACUUAUCUUCAGUGUUAGGCAAUACUAAAAUAUAGAAAUAUUGGGUGGAAAAGACUCUAAAAAUGCCAUUCAGUCCGACGGUCUAGAGACUUAACCAUUAAGUUGGAAAAAUUCAGGUAAAUCUAACCUCAACCCCCCUCCCCAAAAGUAAAGUCCUAGCGACGGCCCAGAGUUGAUAUAUUUUAUGAAAUGUUAUGUCGAAUACGGCAAAAACGUUUUUUUGUCAACGUAUAUAAAAGCUUAAUAACGAGCAUUGCGCAAGGUUUACUCGGCCGACAUUUUCAUCCCAUUUCUUGCAUUUUUCAUCCCUUAAAAUUAUGUUAUGUAAAGAAAGUUUCACUGAUAGUAGAAUGCGGGCUGUGGUCACAAUUUCUAUGUCACUAUACUUUUGGCAUAGGCGUAUGGGGCUGAUGCUUUCCGGGGGGGAGGGUUAAAGUUUGCCCGAAAUUUUAUGGCCAUGAGAUUUUUAAUGAAAUAUAUGACCCGAAUUUAACAUAUCUCCUGAUAAAUCUGCCCGAAUUUUCUUGAUUUUUCCUAGCAUUUGCCUGAAUUUGCAGUUGCUCAUCCCCUGCCCCCUGUCUCAUAUGUCUAUAUACUUGAUAACAUGACUCGGUAUCCGAAGUUACAUUUCAUUACAAGUUAAUCGCCUCCUGUAUGGCCUUUAGGAUUAGUGUAACGAGAAGCGAUAGGAUUUUUUCAUCAUAUAUGAUAAUCUCGUAUUUGGGUUCAAUAAUUAGAAUUGAGAGAUGUGGCAAGUUUACUCAGUUCAAGUUCAAAGUUUCUUUAAGUUCAAUUUAUUUGCUGCUAUAAUUGUCACCACUUUUGAAGUUGACAGCAUCUGCUGUCCUGUGACGCUUACCUAAACGUACUAAUUGUUAACUAGCUUACAAUAAUAAUUCUUUCGUUUUAUGCCAUAGCAACCCUUCAUGGUAUUUAUUUGGCAAUUGGAACUGCUAUUGGCACAGUGUUCGGUGGACAUGCACUUGACAACAUUCAUUUCAAGAUGACGUUCCUCUGGUUCACCCUCAUCACAUGUGCUUUUUCGUUUCUCUUCUUGGGUAUUCAGCUGUACGUAGUUUGCACAGAAGGAAGAUCUGUAAGUGAUAUUGGGUCAGAAACGAGUUCACGCGAAAGUACGCAGUUUGGAGAUGACGAGGAGGACGAUCAGCUGGGGAGUGGGUACGAGGAGAAGUGGUAAAAAUAUUGAACACAAACAUGUCUACCGUCGUUUGCAUUCGAAGAUGUUUAUUGUCAAUGCUGAAGCGGUUUCAUGUUUGUCACGAGCAUUUAACUUGGUUAUGAUCUCCUAUUCACGUUUACCUGGUCUCGCUAAUUGGCGGAGUUAAUUUAAAACUAGCUUCAAAUGCUCAUUUCAAACAUUGAAGUUUCAAGCGAAAAUAACUACAUUUUUUAUCUGCAUGUUCAUCUUUUGAUGCAAACGAUCGUAUACAAAUAUCUAUAUUUACAGAGAAAAAGAAAGAUAAAUUUACUAAAAACAUUUUGUGACGAAGAGAUCUCGUGAAGCCACUAUACUCAUUUGCAAGAUCACCUCGUGAUAACACAGGUGUAUGUACAAGUACUAUAUAGUUUACAGUACAUCGAGAGUGCAAUUUAGUGCGACAAACAUUUUAACAAAAAUUUCUUCAUUGCUAUUUUAAAUAUGUAGUGACAGUAUACAUCUCUUAGGCUUAUUGGCAGUGAGUUCCAUAUUUUAGGAAGUGGUACACGCGUGGCGUAAAAAUGGACAACCUGUUCCCGGUUGAUAUUGACAAGCUUGCAUGAACACAGUCAAGGCAUAUUUUAAAGAUUUACAAGUGGGGGGGGGGGGCAUAACUUGGAAAAGGGUCCAUUGAUGAGGGUUCGGAGAAAUCUGGAGACUCCAAAAUUGCUAUUUAGUGCGUUUUGGGGGCAUUUUAAAUAAAUCUGAAAUAUUCUAAAUACAAUAAAAAGUUAAUGUUUAACACUUUUACUCGGCAAUGUGCUUGUCUUUCAACAUAUAUUUUAACUCAAAGCUACUGUAAUGUAUUAAAAUAUGCCUUGAUUACACAGUUGUGUUGCACCCUAAGAACAAGUUGUUAAUUAAAGUUGUUACAGUACUGUUCAGGUGUGACAUUGCUGUAACAACAUUGUUGACAACUUGUUCUUAGGGUGCAGCACAACCGGCCUUGCAAUUGUUCAAGCCUGUCGAUAUCAACCGGGAACAGGUUGAUCGUUUUUAUGCCUGCAAAAUAUGAUAGAUAGCCGUACGUACGAUAGUUAGUUGCUGAUCUAGUAUGGCAAUUACAAUUGUGAAUUUGAUUACUGUACAUGCAUAUAAGUAGUGUGAAAUAUGGGUGUUAGUAACAAUUGGUUAUCUUUAACUAUUAAAAUUUAACGACCGGUAAAUUACAUAUUUCUCAGUCUGGCGAUCUCUCUCUCCUUCACGCACUACUAUAGGCGGAGGAACGGAGGGGCUAUGCCCCCCCCCCCCCAAUAAAACCCCCAGAUAAGAUUCCAAACUUUGAAGUUUAUGUAUAAAAAUUGGGCAAACCUAGAG